GGGAGCAGUCUCCGCUCCAGCCAGGCUCUUCUCCUCCCUCCUGGGCGGGGAGAGUGGUCAGGAGAUAAAAGGGGGACCAGGGCCAGCUGGAAGUUGCUGAAAGCUGCUGGGGCCCGGAGCGAGGGAGGACGGCAGCGAGGAGAAGUGCGGGCCGGGGUCCAGGAUGGGGCUGCUGGUGCUGGCCCUGGCCACCUGGCUGGGGCUGGGGCUGGCCUCGGCCUCCGAGGAGACGGCCAACAGCAGCCGGAUCUGCCAGGAGGCACCGGCCUGGACCAUCAAUGGCUCCAGCCCCAUGGAGGGGGCGGCCGGGCAGGUGACGGUGGUGGCCCUGCUGAAGGCCAGCUGACAAUUCUGCCUGAGGCAGGCCCACAGCCUCGGGGGCCUGCGGGAGCGGCUGGCCCGGCAGGGCAUGGCCCAAGUCCGCUACAUGAUCGUCAACGAGAAGGCGCCGCUGUCCCGCGCCAUGCUGCCCGAGCUGCGGCGCCAUGCCCCGCCCGGCGUCCCCGUCUUCCAGCCGGAGCAGGAGGACCCUGACGUCUGGCAGGUCCUGGGGGGUGACAAGGACGACUUCCUUGUUUAUGACCGGUGUGGCCGCCUGGCUUUCCACAUCCAGUUGCCCUUCAGCUUCCUCCACUUCCCCUAUGUGGAGGCAGCCAUCCGCUCCAGCCACGUCAAGGACUUCUGUGGCAACUGCUCCCUCUACCCCAACACUACCCAGGAGGCUAACAGCACCCUGGAGGGCCUUGCAACCCCGAGCUCCCUCCCUGAACACGAGGGGAUGGAGUCAGAGACCCCCAUCCACCACCACAAGCCCCUCCAUCCUCACCACCAUCAUGAGGUCAACAGCGAGAGAGACACAAACCCAAAUGAGGACCACAAACCUGCUACCCAUGCCCACCACCACCACGGAGACCAUGGCCAGCUCCACCACAAGGGGAAGAAGCAGAAGGAGGGGGAUGAGGAUUAAACCAGGAUGGGCAGCCUUGCAGAACCCGGUAGUGUGCAGACGACCCCAACUCACUUCACAGAGGCAUGGAAGGACUUGCUUUGGGCUGCUGGUCUCCAGCAGCGCUGGUUUAACAACUCCCUCCAGCAAACCCCCUGUGGGCUGCCCUCCUACGCUGUGAUAGGGAUGGAAAUUCCCCUCGGACCCUGCUCAGUGCUGCAUUUUCAGCCCCAGGGCUCAGUUCUGAGCCUUCAUCUGCCGCUGCCUGCCUUUCUGUGCUCAAUGAAGCCCGCUGUGCAAACCAGGAGGUCCCUGGUCACUGCUGGCUGACACUGCACAGAGCAGCCGGGCGGGGCUGGAGGGGCCAGAGCUGGGAUGGGAGCGGCACUGCUGACAUCCUCUGCCCAUCCAGACACUUCUCGGUGUGCUGGGUUUCCUGGCCAGGGAGCGAGGGGAGGGACAGCGUGUGCCCCGCAGGACAUGGUCCCAGGGGACUGAGGGCACGAGGAGCGGUGGGAUGUCGCAGCUCCCCACGGUACCAAGCCCUGUACCCCGUGGCUGUCCCAUCCCACAGACCGCGCACACGGGUAUGUGCAGUGGGGCUGGGUGGCCGCAAGAUGGUGGCCUUGUCCCCUCUUGGAGACCCAGGGGCUGUGUGCAAUGGGCACAGCUCGGGGAGGACACGGUGAGGAUCCGGAGGUCUGCCCUGCGGGUAAGCGAGGUGGGAGGGCAGCGUGGAUGUCCGGAGUGCGAAUAAAACCUCUGUGAAGUGA